UUAUUGCUGAAGGAUUGAGGAAGCAGAGGAUGUCAGGAUAUAUUUUAUUUUAAGUUGUUGUAUAAUUGUAUAAAGUAGUUGUUUUUUUGUUGUUGUUGUUUGUCUUUGUCAUGUGGUCCACACUCCUUACCGGUUAGUGGCGGUAACACUCACCUAAUGCUUUUUUGCCAACCGCCAAGAAAUUUCAAGAAGAAGAAUCUACAUCCGGUUCAAAUCAGGUUCAUUUUUUUUGGUAUAAUUUGUGUAGUCUCAAGCGUAUAUCUGUAGAAAUCCAUAGUCUUGGGGGUUAUAUUAAUAAUUUAAUUGACAUUUUGUGAGGUUACCAAGUAGGGUCAUUCUCAGCUUGCCCCAUAACUACAACUUUCACCUCACAAAGGCCGGAUUCCAGGUGGUUUGGAUCUUAAAAUAAGCUAACUGUAGCGUUAGCAGAGCAGCUAAAGGGAUGGCGGAGGUUCCCGGAACAUCCAGUGAGACGAUAACGGAGACCGUUCAGACAAAUACACCGCCGCCUCCACAGCAGGAAGGACGAAGCUUGACAAUCAAGCUGAGGAAGAGGAAGACUGAGAAGAAGGUGGAGUGGUCCAGUGACACAGUUGACAAUGAGCACCUGGGAAGACGAUCUUCCAAGUGUUGCUGUAUUUAUGAAAAGCCGAGACAGUUUGGAGAGUCAUCUUCUGAAAGUGAGGGAGAUGAUGACGACGAAGGGUGCGGAAGUGCCAACUGCAUCCUGGGCCACGGCAGGAAAGGACACGGACAGAGUCCUGAUGAAGGAACCAGAGCACCUCCAAGUGCUGGAGGGACACACAACCAUUAACGUGCAACACCAAGUGUGUUUGGGAGGGUUCCAUAUUACAAACUGCUCUGUUGUUUUAGUUUAGUUUCCUCAGAGAGCUACAGACAAACCUGAAGUCAGAAAGUUCCAGCUGCUGGAGUCCAGCUUCAACCUCUUACUGCUGCUCUGUUCAAAAGCAGAGAGCAUCCUGAGUGGGGCGAUACUAUUAAAUCAUCUUUCCCUCAGCAGCUCAGUAGUUUGAAAUGAGCUGCUCAUUUUAUGAGUAGCUCAAAGUAAUUAAAUGUUCGAUAAUGGAUUGUUUGUGUUUCUAUGAUUUCACUCUCCAAGACAAGAUUCCUGAAACUUGCUCAGUUUAAACCAAUGUUGGCAGCAACAAAAGGCACACAUCAAAAACUGUGGCUGCUGCAUUUUCAUUGCAUGAAUACACUGGUAGAAUGUAUUUUCUCUUUUCAUUCCUUUUCUUGUUAGAUUUUCACUGCUUUUAAACAUACAUUAGCCUCAAAUGUUAUCAUCUGUGUGGAUAAAAAUUGAGAUAAUGAGAUGAAAACUUGUUAUUCUGGCAAACUUUUAUGUAAAGCAGUUGUUCUGACUGUAAUAUGUUAGAAAACAGAACGUUCAAUCGCUGUUAAAAGUAAUUUACUUUUAACUGAUUAAACUGUUGUAAAACUGCAGUUGAGUGCAAAAAUGUUUUUUGAGAGAUUUAACAACAACGUUUAACACUUCUGGAAAGUUAUUAUAUUAAGAUCCAUGCAGGUCUAAAAACUCACUUUGUCAUUUCAGCAAAAUAUUGAGCCAUGCUGCAAAUCUCCAGCAGCUCAUCGGACUUUCUGACUGCAAGGUGUCUGAAACAAACAUGAUGUGAGAUAGACGGGCGGCAUGCUCCAUUGUACACUACUGAUGGCAUUAUCAUUCUGUUUAUUUGCUGGUCUCAGUUUAUGCUGUUUUUUUUCUUGGGUUAAUACAUGCAAUCCAUUAUAUUUUGAUGUGGAUUUGCUUUACUAUCUUUUUGCAAGUAUGGGAAAUUUAAGAGAGUGGACAUACACAGAUCUAUAAUAUUGUGAAGCAGUAUUUACCGUUUCUCUGACUGAAACCAAGGAUGGCUUCUGUUGUCUCCACCUAAUAUAAAAGCAUAUUAAACAUAAUUAAAAGUCAGGUUUUAAUAAUUUAUUUUUGGGGUUUUUUAGAAAACCCUUUAUAUUUACCUACACAUACAGUUAUUUUACAUCUUCAGUUCAUUUAAGUUCAUAAGAUGACAAUGAGAACAGUUGGUUUGUUUUCCUUCCCCUGGUCAAACUCGUCUCUAGUGCUCUCACAACAUGUAAAUCUUAAGUAUUCACUGUUCCACAAGGCAUGAUCUAGUUUAACAAUAUUUACUUGAUUCAUUUCUUAUUCAAAUCAGAAUUUAUUGGACAUUUGUCAUAGUAGCAAGACCUGAGGGGAAAAUACCUCCUGACUCAAAUAAAGGUGCUUUUUAUUCCCAUCCAACCACUGCACUGAAAAACACACACUUCCAUUGACAUCAAGCAACUCAAUGCAAGCGUAAAUUUCUAACUGCAACUGAAGAACUUUCAGAAAAUCUAAAUUAUGUUGGUAAGUUGGACUUAAUCAAACCGGAACACUGGCCUCCCCAUAACUGAUGACAAUCUAUUUUUUAGUUUUGCAAUAAUUAUUAAAAUUGUUUUUUGGGAGAGAAAAAUGAUUGAAAAUAUCUUUUUUCUUUUUGAUUGUAAGCAUGUUCCUGUGAUUAUAAACUGAUAAAAGCUACUGCCAUAUAACCUCUGCUUACAGAGCUACCAAAUGCACACAUCAGUUUUUAUGUUUGUGUUUUAUUUUUUAUGUAAAUCAGUUUUUAUUGAACAUGGCAUAAGCUUUGUAUUUAUGAAAUUCUGAAUUGUGAUAUGCAUCGAUCCAGAAAUAUCCAGGGAGUUUCUUUUCAUUUUUUCACCCCUCGUUCUUAAUGUAUGUCUUGAUUUCAAUUCUCAACUAGUGGUCAUUGUAUUUCUAAUAAAGUUCAAAAGGAAUUUAACUUGAGCUCCAGUGCUCAUGUUAGUUUCAGUUGGGUGCAGGACGAUUAGUUGAAUACUUCUUUUGUUUAGUCCAACUGUUUCUUAGGGACAUGCAGUUUGGGCUUUGAGUUGUGAUUUUGGCUCAAUUUCAUCAGAUGCAGAUGAACGGAUCACUGAGACGAGCAGCUGAUUGAUUUUGCUUGCAUUCUAAUAACCAUUCUUUGUAUGUUUUAGUUUGUUGAUAAUAGUUCACUAAACAUAGUGUAUAUGGCUCAUCUCUUUCAAAUAUAAAAAAUGUUUUAAACUAGCAUGAAGAAGGGAGGUCUAACCUAAUACAUUUAAACAAUAAAAAUCUAACUGUAAUCGUCAUUAAAUUCAUAUUGAGUUUGGAUUAAAUCUGAGGAGAACUCAUUGUGUCCACCAGUUUAACAGGAUUUUAAUUGAGUAGAGAUUGGGAGGAGGAGUUUGGAUGUUUACAAAUAAUAUAAAGAAUGGCUGACCAGGAAGUAUCUGUCGUGUUUGUUUCACUUCUAAAGUGACAAACUUGUAGGCUGCCAUCAGAGUAUUUCUCUACCACCAACAAGCAGUAGAGAAAAACUCUGCUUGUGUUUUUAGUGCUGAGUUUUAUUACUGUGACUUGAACAAGCAGAGAUCCGUCAGUGAACUAGUGGAACUCUUUUACAGAUUUCUGCAUUUAGAACAGAAGGAAAGGUCUGACUGCUGUGACUAUUGUCAUGACUCAUCAUUUUCGUCUUUCCUCAGUUUGAUAUGUGAAGUUAUGUCAGCUCAUUUAUAUCACUUUCUGUUCCAUCGCUACAAACUGACUUCAGUACAUACAUUGUUCUUGUACUGGUAACUCCCCUUCCUGUAUAUAUUGUUAGUAUAAAGGAGGAGAUAUAAUGUGAAAUCAAGUUUUGAACUGUGAUUAAAGUUACAACGUAUGUAUCAACGUGUUCCCUCUGGUAUCAUGACAUAAGUAAAACAUUUUCAACUUAUCCACAAAUGGUGUGAAACAUGAUGAACCAUAAUAAAAUUGUUUCAGUCCUCUGACUUUUAGUAUGAAUGUUACAAAGCUUCUGCAUAAGAUAAAAAUACAGCAGAUAGAACUCUUUAUAGAGGCACUUACUUAUUAAAACUAAAAUAAUCUCACAAUCAACAUGGCUUAAGUGUUUACAUUUUUAUGGUUCCAAAAGAACUCGUCUAGUUUAUUCCUGGUUUAAUACAAGUUCAUUCCUGAGCUGAAAUAAUUUCAUAGCAUAUAGAGAAGUAUUUACCUUUUCACUUACAUUCAGCAUAAUUUCUGUUUUCUGGUUUACCUAAAUACAACAUCACUGUACUGAAAAGGAAUUGUGAAGAUCACCUCACCUACACCUACAUUCUAUCAACCACCAGUUUUGUGGUAGGCUUGUAUUCUAUCAACACAUUCAUGCUAUAAAUGAACUCAACUACCUAAUGUUGUGUACCAUUUUGAGGUGCUCCUGUUUGUCAGCAUUACAACAUACAGUGAAUACAAAAAAUCCACACACCUUUGUUCAAACGCCAGGUUUUCAUGAUGUAAAAAAAUUACCGCAAGACAAAUAAUUUCACAAGAUUUUUCCACCUUUAAUGUGGAAAAGGUACAAAGAAACAGAAAAACAAACUGAAAUCUUUCAAGGAGAAAAACAUAAAAUUAAAAAAUUUAAAUAACCUGGUUGCAUAAAUACUGGUGCUGGUCAUAAAAUUAAAAUAUCAGAUAAAAGGUUGGCUUAUGUCAGUAAUUCCAUUCAAAAAGUGAAACUUGUAUAUAAAAUAUAUUUACUACACUGAUUGAUACAUUUCAAAUGUUUAUUUUAAUGUUGGUUAUUACAACUGACAACUAAUGAAAACUCCUAAUUCAGUAUCUCAGAAAAUAAGAAUAUUUUGAAAAGGGGCAGAUUGAAGAUACCUGGUGCCACACAUCUAAUUAGUCCGAAACACACUUAAAUGCCUUUAAAAGGUCUCAGUCUAGUUUUUCAGGUCAUCGUGAGGAUGACUGCUGAACUGACCACUGAAUGUCCAAAAGACGGCCACUGACACCCGGCACAAGAAGGCAAGUCACAAAAGCUCGUGACUGGCUGCUCACAGAGCUCUGUGUCCAAACACACUCAUAGAGAGGUGAAGGGAAGGAAAAGGUGUAGUCCUUGGACAGGCAAUCUGGACAUGACCGAAUCCUGGAGAGGACUGUGGGGAAAAAAAAAAAAAACAACAUUUAAAAAUAUGGGGAAAAUUCACAAAGGGUGGACUGCAGCUGGAGUCAGUCCUUCAAGAACCACAGGUAUUUGAGAGACAUGGGUUUCAGUUGUCACAUUCCUUUUGUCGAGCCACUCUUGAACAAGAGAC